AUGGCCGCGGUGGUUCGGCCGCUGCUGGCAUCCCAGGCCUGCCAGACCUGGGUGUUGGGCGCUCGCUGGCCAGUCAGCGCUGAGCAGAGAGACCAGUAUUGGGAUCAGCUCCACAACCACAUACACUCCCACAAAGAGCGUUCUCCUCUUCUCAUCGUGGGAGACCUCAACUCACAGCUUCUUGAAGAGCUACAGGAUAUCACAGGAGCAGUGGGCCCCCACUUUCAGUGGGACAAAACCCAGCAACAGGAUGAGGAGGAGAACACUAUGGCAGGCCCCACCAACCAAAGCCAACUUCGCGACCUCAUUGACGCGCACGACCUCUGCGUCCAACUGGACCAUGCGCUCAUUCACAAAGCAUGGCGCAACCUUAUCCACGAUGUGGACACCGCGCCAGAAGCGGCUCUUAACAGCAACCACUUUUUGGUGAAAAUCACCUUCAAAGUGCGCACUAAGGCUUCUCAGCGCAAACCAGCCAAGCCGCGCCGCGUGCGAAACCCCACACAAGAGCAGAUAGCCUGCUUCAACGCGCACCUCACAGAGGCACUCCACAACCACAGCCAAGCCACCACAGACACUCCCGACACGCGCCACCAGCCACCCCUCCCUCUCAUCCACACCCCCACGGAACUCUGGGCCCCUUUCAGGCAGGCCGCCGCUGCUGCUCUGGAAAGUUGCAUUCCAGAGGAGCCACCUCGCCAGAAGCACCCCUGGAUCACGGACGCCACGUGGACUUUGAUCCAACAGAGGGCGGAAGCCCGCUCCUCACAGCGCUGGGACCUGGAGUCCGAGUUGCACAAGAGCAUCCGCAAGCAAGCGCGAAAAGACAAGGCCAGCUGGCUCAAAGCUCGGCUUCUGGAGUCAGAAGCCGCCUUGGACCCACGCGACAAAUGGCGAUGGAUCAAACGCGUACGCUCGGACUACAAGCCGCGUACAGUUUCCAUCAAAAACGCGAAGGGCCACAUGACGAGCCAGUCCCAGCAGGCGCAAACGUUCGCGGACUACCUUCGCGACGAGCAUUGGGCCCCCCCACAGCAGGACUACACAGGCCCCACAGCCCCGAUUUGGGACGCUGCCGACAUCAACGUCGGUCCCAUCAGCAUUCGGGAGUACCAAGACGCGGUGGCCGGCCUAGCCAACAACAAAGCUCCAGGGCCGGACGGCCUUCCAGCCGAGGCCUGGAAGUGGCUUACUGCUGAGAAUCAGCAAGCAUUGUUGAAGAUCCUCAACAGAGCUCUCCUCACAGGUCAGGUCCCGCAUGACUGGCUGGCUGCAAUAGUGGUGGAAAUUUACAAAGGCAAAGGAUCCCUCACAGAUCCCUCCAGCUACCGGCCCAUCUCGUUGCUCAACACGGCUUACAAGCUCCUGGCAAAAAUUCUCCAUCUUCGGUUGCAGAGGGGAUUGGAUCACAGGCUUCGAGACACACAGUUCGGUUUUCGCGCCAACCGAUCAACCUCACAGCCGAUCCACAUCUUGCGGAGACAGCUGGAGCGGGCAGAAGCUACGGGCAACUCCCUUUAUGUGGUACUUUUGGACUGGGAGAAAGCCUUCGACAAAAUCCACCCCCAAGCCCUCCACACUGCACUCACGCGCUACGGCGUCCCACAUCACCUCACCAACCUCAUUAGCAACAUUUACACGGCCCCACAGUUUAAUGUGUCCGCUGCGGGACACACCAGCUCCACCGCCACAGCUAGUUCAGGUAUCAGGCAGGGGUGCCCGCUGUCCCCUUACCUCUUCCUCAUUGUGCACAGCAUGAUCAUGCACGACGUGGACGUUGCCAUCACAGCGAACGGGCAAAAUCUGCCAUGGCUUUACAGCCAAAACCAGGCAUUCUACGAUUUGGCGUUUGCUGACGACACUGCUCUCAUGUCGGGCACUGCCGCCAAAACCGAACAGCUUCUCCAUGCGGUUCAAACCACAGCUGCUCACAGCAACCUCAGGUUGAAUGUCAAGAAGUGUAUGUUGCUGAGAUCCCCUGCCUCCAGCGGCGCGGUGCACUUCACAGAUGGGACUCCCGUCCAGCAGGUUGACCAUGCCAAAUACUUGGGGGUCAUCUUGAGCAGCGACUCCUCUUCUCACAGAGAUGUGGUUCAGCGCAUUGCCAAGGCCCGGAAGAACUUCAAUGCACUUCACAGCUUCUGGAGACACGCAGAUAUCUCCAGGAAGUGGAAGCUUCGGAUCUACAAUGCAGUUUUUGUCCCACUCUUGACAUAUGGCAUGGAGUCAGCUGCCCUCACCCAGUCAGAUCUUCACAGAUUGGAGGCCUUUCACUCACAGUGCCUUCGGAAGAUCUGCAGAAUAGGCAGCACUUACUUCACAGAGGAGAAGGGCAAGGUGGACAGCACAGUGCGCGAGAAUGGCUUGGCACUGGCUUUUACAGUCACCUACACCCCCUCCCUCACAGUCCCCACAACUCCCACAUGCAUUUCUCCAACUUCACAGAGUAGCUGUGGACCGGAAAUUUUGGAGCAAGCUAGUGGGGCUGCCAACGUGCAGUAA